UUUCUCCUUUUACUUUUCUGGUUCUUUGUGUGUCUGCAUUUUUAGACUUAGGAUUGCAUUAUGUGGUAUCAGAGCCCAUCGAUUGGGCCGAUGAGGCAAGGGCCACCGGAGCUGUCUGUUGCGGCGGCGCAAUAUCGGGUUGCACCUGGUUUUGCUCCGACGAGAACGGCGGUGUUGGACGGCAGUUCUGCUCAACCAACUGGUACAUGCACUGGUUUCUCUCUCUAUUCGCAUUCGUAUACACCACAGCAAUACUACCCACCAUCACCGCCAUCACAAUCGUUCACCCAAAAUCCUCAAUUUCACACUCAGAUUAGUAGUACGGUCGAUUCCACCCACUCCGUUUCCCCAAUCCAUUCUCAUAUGACCCGUUCCGUUUAUUCACUACCACAAACCCCUAAUCACCUCUUUUACACCACUUCUCAGCCUCUGCAACAUCCGAGAAAUUUCCAUUCACCAUGUCAAAACCCUCCCAACUCCAAGUGAAAUCUAUCAGCAUUACCCACCGACCCAGCCCCAUUUUAUUCCCACAAACCAAUUUGCUCCUCCACCUCCGACUUAUGAGCAACAACGUCCAAUGUUGAUAAAAAAAAUUGCUACAGCGGUGAUGACCGAAGAACUUGUGUUAAAUGUUGAUAAAAAAAUUGCUAGAGGUUUUACUGGAUUGAAAUUUUCUGAUAGUUACGGUAGUGAUGUUGCCAACAGUAUAGUGUGGAGGAAUGAUACUCAAACACAUUGCUUUCAACAUACUAGCUUUAGAGAUGGUUCUUCUGCAGGGAAUGGGGAACCGGUAUCCCAUAAUCAUAAUUCAGUUGGAAAUAUAAGAGUCGAUUUCCAUGAGAGAGAGGAAAAAGAACUUGAAGAUGCCUAUGGUGAAGAUGAUAAUGUGGAUGAAGGGGGAAAUGGCAGUACAGAGAGUUAUGGUGACGGUGAAAGUUAUAGUGAUGACUUUCAGAGCGUUGAUGGGCUAAUUGUGACAGAUUCAGAUGAAGGAGUGGUUACUGAUGAUGAAGGAAGCAGACUAUGCAUUAAAAAAGAGGCAUUGCUGGGAACUAUGUACCAGUCCAAGGACCCCAAGAGCCUUGAUGAGGCGGAGAUGUUGGAGAAUCUAUUCAAUUGUUUGUGUGGUUUGUUGAUGCCAUUGGAGAACGGGGACAUUAAUGCUGGAAUCAAGGAAGAAACAAGGAGAAGAGAUGUUGGUGAUAGUUCCCUUGGUGCUGCUUCUUUGGAACCAUUGAAACUCAUGAAGUUGGCAAAACAAGUCGCUGAGCAGCUAUUUGGCAGAGCUGAUAUACUGGACCAAAUUGCAGUGUGUGCAAUUUUUAUCAGUGCAUCUGUCCUAGUUGGAACUCAUGAUCAAUUAUUCUCAUAUUACAAAUCAAGCCUCAUGAAGUAUCUUAGAGAAUUGGCUCACGUCUUUGACAUUAAGGGUCAAAUGGAGAUGACAAAUAAACUUUGUGAGAAAUUGCUAAAGCAGAAGGAUCAGCAUCGUGACAUUGCCAGCAUAGCUAUGAAGGCUAUGGUUGCUGAAGUUUCUACUCAACCACUUGCACAGUCUAUACUUGGGGUUUAUUUUACCGCAGUCGAUAAAAGGAAGUACUGCCUGGGGAAUGAACACAGAGAUAAAAGUUGAGCUCCAAUCAGAAAAACGUGAGGAAGAAAAGUGUGUCAUGCAUCGCAUCACUUGCUUCAAGCUUGUCAGAUGAUUUGUUGGGAAAAGCUACUGUUAGAGUUGUUCAGCACUUGAGCAAUAAAGGCACAAAAUAUAUAAUGACUCAAACCUCUUUGUCUCAGGUAUUCACUACUUUGAAUUUCAAUUAUCAAGAUGUUAGAAGAGCUUUUGAGAGUUUCUUGUCUGCUAUGAUUAAGAUCUAUAACCACAGUCUCUUGAACUCUAAAGUUGAAGAAGAAAAUUGGCCUCGUGAUGAUAGGAUUGAGAAAAUGAAUGAGGAGGUCGAUAAAUUGUUUGACAACUGGUCAACUGGAGAAACUACUCUUGAUAGUUUUCUAGUUGCUGGUGGGUUGGCUCCUGAUACUGAUUUAAUUAAUAUGGCACCGCUUGGUAGUUCUGAAAUGGUUAAUAGGGGGUUAAAUAAUAGACAGAUUUUUACUUCCUUGUCAUUGAUGGAAAUAUUACUGUCCUGGGUGUUUAGAGUGGAAACUGAUGAGAAAAAUCAAGUAUCUGUACGUCGAUGGCUUAUUUGUUCCUUAUUACUCUUUGAUUGCAUAAAGAAAGUUCUUAUACUUGCUGGCAAGGGAAAACUCAGAGAAAUGGCAGCAAUAUUCAACUGGUUCUUGUGUGCAAUUUCAGAAUUUGGCAUUUUGGCUACUCUAAAUGCAUGGUUGAAGGAGCUUGUUAAGGGAGAUCAGCAGCUUCAAUUUUUCGUAACUUCUGUUAUUGGAUACUUAAAAGCAUUGAUCUCAUGCAAUAUCGGUCAUAUUAUUCAA